UAAGUACAUAGUGUACAAGUGCAUAGUGUACAGUGUGUCAUUUGGGACGCAGCUCUAGUCUACGAAGUGGGACACAGCUGAAGUUUUACUCCUUUGAUUGUGUUUUUCCUGCGUGUGCGUAACUGACCAUGCUGAAACUUCUGCUGCUGUUGUGGGUUUUCAAUUACAGUGAAACCAUCCCCACACAUGUGAUGGGAAAAAAGGGAGGCAGCAUCAUCCUGCCCUGUGAAUUUAAGGCCAUAGAGAUUUUUCAUAUUCGUUUAAACAGACAGUCAAAACACAUACUUGUUUAUGAAAAUAAAUACUGCAGUAAACGAGUAUGUAGAAAAGGAGCAUGUGACGUCAUCAUCAAGGAUCUGAGACUGAGAGAUGCUGGGAAAUACAUUUUGGAAAUCUAUUACAUUAAUGCAAAGUCAGUGCUGGAGCCACAAAUCAGGACGUACCAACUUCAUAUUUACGAUGAUAUUUCUGUGAAAAUUGGCGAAAAUCUAAAGUUGGAUGUUCUGUUGCCAGAUGCUCAUAAAGUUACGCAUCAAAACAAAAGCAGCACAGAAUGGAAGAAGGUCUGGAAGAGAGACAGCAAGAAAAGAGUUAGUGGAACACACGGUCGACUGAAGGACAGUAACGGGACUCUGAGCAUUAAAGUGUUUACGGAUGAUGAUGCAGGAACAUACAGAGUUAUGGACUAUGACGGAGAAAUCUUGAUCACAGUGACAGUCACAGAUGAGAAAAGUUCAGUGGAUGCUUAGAAAUGCUAUUUUUAAAGUGCACAGCUGAGAUUUAUUCAUCAUGAUUUGAAUAGAAAAUUGAUGACUAACCUCAUAUCCUAUACGGAAUUAAAGGGAAAACUAAACUACAUGGAUGAUGACGAAAAACAUACACUGUAAACCCCAACAAGUUAGGGUAACUCAAACUGUUUGUGUAAACCGAUUGCCUUAAACAUUUAAGUUUUUAAAACUAACAAUUAUGAGUGCUCUGAACUUAUUUCAGUUGAGUUCAGUUAAAGGAUUAAUUAAGUGCCGAUUGAGCAUUAGUGCACAGUAAA